AUGUAAUUAGAACCUUAAACAAAUUUUGAAUUCGACUGCUUUAAGAAAUGCUAAAAAGGUAACAAAUAUUAUAAAGGUCUUUUUAAUGGAAUCAAACUAGAAUUAUAUAAAGUAAAAAAUAAAUUCAAUUUCAGGAAAAUUCAUAAGUGCCAAAAUAUGUCAUUCCAAUAAAAUUAUAAACACAUAUUAAAUGGGAGGUUCAAGAAGAAAUCUUGAAUGGAAAGAAGCAUUAUAAGAUUGUUUCCUUCAAAUUUUAAUAGGUGAGGUUUUGAAUUCGACAUUUAGGUGAAAUAAAUAAUCGAUUAAUAAAUUGCAAAAAUAACAUGUUUAUUUGGUGAAGACAACAUUUUAACUAAAUUGAAAGAGCAUAUGAGAAAUAAAAUAAUAUUUUAAAGAAUCUAAGAUUUUUAUACACCAUUAUAAACUUUAGGCAAAGGAGCAUCAUCAAAAGUAUUGUUAGUGAGGCAUAAAAAUUCAGAGCUUUAUUAUGCUGCUAAAUGUGUUGAUAAAUCAUAUGUUAAUGAAACAGAGAAUGGAAUCGUAAUGAAAAUGACUUAAUUUAUAAGGAAUCAAUGUUUUAAGAAAUCUCCAUCAAUAAUGACUUAGAUCAUCCAUCUUUUAUUAAGCUUCACGCCGUUUACGAAGGGGAUAACACAUUUUAUAUGGUUAUGGAUUUAUUAGAAGGAAAAAGUUUGCAUGAAGAACUCAGUAACCAUAAAAAUGGCUUUCCUGAAGAUAUUGUGCGAAAUGUGAUGUUGGUAUUUAAUUAAAAAUUAUUUUCUAGUAAAUUCUUACUGGUAUUGAAUAUAUGCACUAGAAGAAUAUUAUGCAUAGGGAUUUAAAACCAGAAAAUAUUAUGCUUUAAAAAAAAUAGGAUUUGAAUUCUUUAAAAAUUGUAGACUUUGGUUUGGCGACUUAUUGCAACGUUGAUAAGUAAUAACUUUAUUUUAUUUAUUUGAUAUUUAUUUCCAAAAUGUGGAACUCCUGGUUAUGUUGCUCCUGAAAUAGCCAAUUUAAUUGAUAAAUCAGAGAAAUAUGAUAAAGUUUGCGAUGUUUUUAGUGCAGGUGUGAUAUUCUUUAAAUUGUAAAAUGUAAAAUUAUUAUAGACUAACUGGUAAAGAUCUCUUUCCUGGUGUAGGAUUUAAUUUAGUAUUAAAAUUGAAUAAACAAUGCAAAAUUGAUCUAACUCCUUUAUAAAUGAAAAAAAAUGACCCAAAUUUAAUUCAGUUAAUCUAAAAAAUGCUUGAAAAAGACCCUAAAAAAAGGAUAUCAGCUAGUUCUUGUUUAAAAGAUUAAUUUUUUGAUAAGGUUUAUAAUAAAAAGGAAAUAGAACCAAAAAUUUAACAAACUUCUUCUCAAAAAAAACAGUUUUUCUCCUCAGCUGGUAAAAAUUUUUAGACAACUGAGUUUAAAAGUGAUUCUCCCUCAUAAUAAAAUAAUUAAUAAAUAGAAAAAGGAUCAUUUGUAACCUAAGAUUGUGCAUUUAAAGGGUUUAAAGGGCAGUAAAAUGCAAAAGUAAUGUAAAAGUUCAAUACAACAGAAUUUGAUCACAUUGAUUUAACAGGAAGUCCAAUAGAAAAAAAAUAAAGUAAAUUCGCAAAAGCCGAUUAAAUAGAAGAAGAAGAAGAUAAAUGA